AUGUCUCUCUUCUCUUUCUCUACAAAGCAGGAUAUACUUAGGUGUCGUGUGUUAACUUCAGGCAUCUUUGAAACCAGAUUUGUUGUUGAUAAAGUCAAUUUUCAUAUGUUUGAUGUAGGAGGACAGAGAGAUGAAAGACGAAAGUGGAUCCAAUGUUUUAAUGAUGUAACAGCUAUCAUUUUUGUGACUGCAUGCAGUAGCUACAACCUUGUCCUACGAGAAGAUAACACCCAAAAUAGACUUAAAGAAUCUUUAGAGUUGUUUCAAAGUAUUUGGAAUAACAGGUGGUUGAGAAAUAUCUCAGUGAUUUUAUUUUUGAAUAAACAAGAUUUAUUGGCUGAAAAAGUCAAAGCUGGAAAGUCAAAAAUUGAGACAUAUUUUGAAGAAUUUGCACGGUAUGUCACCCCUGUAGAUGCUGUAAUUGAACCUGGAGAUGAUGCUGAAGUUGUCCGUGCUAAAUAUUUUAUCCGUGAUGAAUUUUUGCGAAUAAGCACUGCUACUCGAGAUGGGCGUCAUUAUUGCUACCCUCACUUCACAUGUGCAGUUGACACUGAGAAUAUUCUUUUCUCUCUUUCUUUCUCUCUCUCUCUCUCUCUCUUCACACCAUGUACUAAUUUUCUUUUAGAUUAUUCUGUUCUCAUAUUCCUUUCUUUCUUUCUUUCUCUCUCUCUCUCUCUCUCUCUCUCAUUAAUAAAUCGACGAAGAAGAAAUCUUACUCCACUUUACAUUUACAAUGUCUCUUUCACUCAGGUGCUGAUUAAGUGUCCAAAUCAUGCCAAGCCCCCCAUUGAUCCUAAAGAUCUGAUUGGUCUUAAAAUAUGUGGUGUGAAUUGUUUGCUCUCAGCAGAAUGGAAGACAUCCAGCAAGAUUAUUGCUCGUACUGGCCCUGGCAAAGGCAAAGGGGACAUUAUUGUAACAACAGGCACAGGUGGUGUGGGUAGUUCCACAGUUGGAUUCCGUGGAUACUUCAUCCAAAUUGGUCCUCUGCAGGAAUCGGCUAUUUGGAUUGAUGAGUCACAGACUGUCAUGUCCAAUUUAGGCCGAGGAAGAGCAUCCUCUCCAAUGUUGAUAAAAGACGAUGAAGAUCCUCUUGGACUUUCUGAUGAAGGAACUCAAAAAAAAUUUAAAGAAGAUGAAUUACUGGAAUUAUUUCCAGAAGCAUCUGGUAAUAUGUCUUUAGAAAAUUUUUCUCCUGCUUGGUACCUUCUUGAGAACCAUCAUUCUACUAGUUUUGAUGACCUAAAAGCUGGUUUGGCUCAUAUGAAGAGGAAAGCCACACAAAGAUCUGAGGGGCCAAUAGCAUUUGUGAAAUCCAAUUUGUCCUCAACAAUUGAUUGCUUGUCAAGUUUAGCAGCUAUGAACAGAAUGUUUGUUGAUGAUGAUAUUCGAGGUGAAUGCAUGAAUUCUUAUGCUGUACUCUUGAUGCAGGCCAAGUCAUGUGCUGAUGGCUUGUUCCAAGAAGUUCUCGGUCGCAAGGACAAAGCAGAUUCUACCCGAAAUGCUCUCAGUGUUCUACAACGAUUCAAAUUCCUCUUCUACCUUCCUCUCAAUAUUGAACGCAAUAUACAAAAAGGAGAUUAUAACCUUGUGAUCAACGAUUAUGUGAGAGCUCGAUCUCUUUUUGCUGAUACACAGGUGCCUAUAUUCAAGAAAGUUUAUAAAGAAGUUGAAGAACGUGUUCAUUCAUUUCGUAAGAUGUUGCACCAGAAACUCCUGGAACUACCAAAUUCUCUUGAAGAACAGAAAAAAUUAAUCAGGUACCUGGUGAACCUGGAAUCUGGAGGUGACCCUGCAUGGGAAUGCUUAAAUAAUCAGCAAAAUUGGCUUAUGACAAUGUUGUCUCAAUGUAGAGAUGAACACAUUACCGAAGGCAGGAAAAAUAAAAAGCAGGAAGUAGACUCUCCAAUUCAAAGAAAAAACUGUCCAAUGUCCCCACGCCAAACAGGAUACACUCCAGCCAAAACAUCUGGGCAAAGUUCUAGCCAAGACCAAUCAGCAAUGCGUUUUAAGACACCACAGAAAGUUUUAUUUAUUGAAGAACUGAACGAUAUUGUAACUGAAAACUUCCCAGACUUCUGGAAGCUUGGCAAUGCUUAUUUUGCAGGCAGUCUACUUCACAAAGAAACUGGAGACAAGCCAUUUAAAAUAGAUUCCAACAAACAUUCCCAGUUUAAGCAAAUGAUAUCUGAAGUGAUCAACUUCUUUACAAAUUUGGUCCGGGCAGCUUUCCUACCUGAAUCCCUUGAAAACCUUCCUCAUCCAGAACGUGAAAAGUAUGGCAUAUGGCCUGAGAGUAAACAAGAUUUACCUUUUGCUUGGUUACCUCACUGCGUUCGUUGUGUUCGGUCCUGUGUCAGUUCUUUAUCCAGUCUUGAUCUCCCCAGUGUCUCAACAGAAUUGAUUCAAGAAUUAGCCUUUGAUAUGCGUACACAUUGCAUGUUCACUCUGCUCGAGCAAGCCAUUACAGAAGUAAAAUCUUUGCAUUCAAAAGAAACUUGGGCUGUGGAAUCAGAUGAUGAAUAUGGAGGAACUACUCAACUGCCUGCUCUGUUUGAGAAUAUUGUUAAUGAAACCAUCCAGCAUCUUCAUGAAGUGGUCAUUCAAAAUCGCAGUGGAGAAUCUUCUACAAAGCUUUGCUGUUUGUCUACAAAAACUUGCUUUUAUGCAACACCACAUUUUUGUACAGAUUCCAACAAAUCUGAUCCCCAAUCUGAUUCAGAUGAUGCCAUCCCUCCAUUGGACAAACGUUUAAUCAUAAUGCUGAGUAAUUGUAAUCACACAUGUCAACGAGUGAUACCAAGGUUGAUUGAAAACCUUGAUAAACAUGGCUAUGUGGAAAUGGAUAAAUGCCUUGAGAUGUCCCAGACCAAGUAUCUGGAAUUGGACCACAGAUUGUUUGAAGCAUAUAUUGAAGAGAAAUCCAAUCCUAUUGUUGGUGUCAUGGAACAAAAUAUGUACCGAGGCUGUUUUGAUUGGAAUACUUGUGGUAGGCCAAUAGGUGUAAGAAAUUAUUUGAAAGAAGUGUUGAUGGGAAUGAUUGAAGUUCAUGCAGAGGUUUAUGCAAUUUCACCUUCAUUUGUUCCUCGGGUCAUGUGCAAAGUGGUGGAGGCUGUUGCUGAGGAAUUGUCUCGGUUAAUAUUAUGCAGCACAGGGUUUAAUACAAAUGGAUCCUUACAAGCUCGCCUGGAACUGACAGCCCUACAAGACGCUGUUAUCCGUUAUCGAACUGAUGGUGCCAUGAAACAUUUCCAAGAAGGACUUGCAAUAUUGCCUCCUGUUGGACCCAAUAAGAAGAUGAUGGACGAGCUGCUCAACAAGCACAAAUCGCAGAUGCAGUUCCAGCUGAUGUGUUUCCAGACUGACUAA